GUAGGAUCAAUAAAUAAAAUCAGAUCAUCCAACCAGAGUUGUAAAUUGUUACAAUUGGAAUUUAUUCCUACCAGAAAUAAUUUAACUGUAGGGCAAGAUGCAAAGCACAACUAUAGUUAAAUGAAAUAUGGAUCUUGCCCAAUUAAGAAUUUUAUUUAAAAGAAUCCACCGAACCAAGAGUUGUAAUAACGAUUGCAAUUGGAAUGAAUUCCUACCUAAAUAACUUGACUGUAGGGCAAGAUGCAAAGCACAACUAUAGUUAAGUAAAAUAUGGAUCUUGGCCCGCUAGGGUAUUCUUCAAAUAGAGACCCCAAGUCAAUAGGUUCCGUAUCUGAGGAAAGAUAUGUGCUCGAAAAACCCAUUCCUCCUGCCUCUCCCGCUAACGCCCCGAAAGCGGUUAAAGAUGCCUACGAGAAACACGUUAAGGAUGAUAACCAGGUUAGCUGUGUCAUGCUGGAAACCAUGGUAACCGAGCUGCAAAAACAGCACGAGGACAUGAAGGCCCACGAGAUGAUCGUGGCCUUGCGGCAGCUAUACCAGGGGCAAUCCAGGCAUGAACGUUUUCUUGUGAGUAAGGCUCUCUUUAGUUGCAAGCUCUCUUCAGGGAACUCGGUCGGUCCGCACGUUCUCAAAAUGAUUGGUUACAUAACCAAUCUAGAGAAAAUCGGGUUCUCCUUGCAGAAGGAGCUGGAAACGGACCUGAUCCUGCAGUUGCUCCCUAAGCUGUAUAAGGGUUUUGUCAUGAACUACAUGAUGCAUGAUCUUGACAAACCCCUUCCGGAGCUUCUUAAAAUGCUCCAGACUGCAGAGGAGAACCUUACUAAGGGCAAGGGUGUUGAAACACGGGCUUGUCACGUUUUCGUACUAAAGCCGUGUUCGUUUUUGUAACAGGCCACUGGAGAAGAAACUGCAAGACAUACCUCGCAACUAAGAAGAAGGAAGGUACGACCAUUUCUUCUGAGGUGUAUGUUAUAGAAGUUAACAUGUCUAUAUCUUCAUCAUGGGUACUAGAUACUGGAUGUGGGUCUCAUAUCUGUACUACCAUGCAGGG